GACACCACACCCCACAAAGUUCAUCAAUGCAGCCAAAGCAGCGUAACCACAGGUCUGGGCUAUGUCUAUUCGGCUACAGGCGUCAAGAACUUCUGUAUCUUCUCUCUUCUUACUAAGACCGCCAACGAUCUUAUCAGUCAGCCGUAUCGGGUUUCAGUUGACAUGCGCCUGUGGCGUGUUGACGGAUCCAACUACUUGUACCCGUCGGUGAUGUUUAACGUGAUAGACGAUGAUAACUUCGACAUGGUCUACCUAAGAUCCAAUGAUCCAGACCGUUGCGUGCAGCCUGCGUAUGUUUGGGGCGGUGGAAACGCAAGGAAAGAUUUUAGUGCCUCAGACUGCCUCGCUGGCACUCCUCCUAAUGGCGAGUGGUUUAGCGUCACGCUUAACGUCACGCAGUCCUCGGUCACGCUCACGAUGAAUGGCGUGUUCGCCAAAACAUUCAAACCGCAUUUCCCGCUCAAACGUCGGAUCGGGUUCGGAGUCCCAGCCGACUUUAAUAACCACUUGCAAUUUAAAAAUGUAAAACUUUACUAAGAUUUACCGUCAAAGCAAAUUACCCGCUAAACCUCAGGAAGAUUUUAUCUUCUAUCAAGAAUCUAGAGUUGUCUUGACUGUGUAAAACAUAGAGCAAGGUACUUAAAGAACAUCGAUCAGCCGCUUCUUUGUCAUUGUUUAAAUGACCAUACUGAUAAACGUCCCUAUAUGUCACGUGUCCCUAUAUGUCAGGUAAAAUCAUCGUAAAAGCGACGUUAUCGUAAAAUCCAAGUUCCAUUGAUUUUUUUAAUAUCUUUAUUUGGAUAAGAAUAUACAAAAUAAAUAAUACACAAAAUAGAUGCCCAAUGUGGCCAUGCGUAAACGGGCACGAGGCCCAUGCAGGACGUACCCCUAGCUAAACAAAUUUGAAAUAAAAAUCACAUAAAAUAUUAGGUGUGCAGGGGUGUGAAUUAGCUUGUUGUUGGCUUACUAUGCUACAAUUAUUAUUCUAUGAUGUAUUAAAGCAAACGCGUGUAAUCAAUAAAAAGUGAU